AUGCUGCAGCUGACGAGUCGCUCUCUACCGUGGAUCAGAAGAAAACGCCAGCAUGACCAUGAGCUCCAAGAAGCAGACAUAAUAACGUACAAACUCGAGAAAGUUCCUAAUUUUCGCUGGGUAGCGAAACACUUCGGGAAACGGUCCGAAGUCACACUCUCUUCAAAAGAUCUCGUGUCGAACACGCUGCAGAACGAAAUCUCGAAGAUUGGCCAGUUUGCGGAGGUCGCAUAUGGUGCGUACGAUGCGAACCUCGUUUGGCGAUAUCUCGAGGAGCUAUCGAAGCCGGAUUUCCCUUUCGAAUUACACGAUGCGCUUCGCAGUGCGAAACUCAUGCACGUUCUCCGUGGACGAUAUUCAGACGUACAGGGAUUAAUUGCAUUGCGCGAAAAGGAAAAACAGCUAGUUGUAGCAUUUUCUGGGACUUGCAACAUUUCACAGGCUUUACAUGAUAUCAAUGCGCUGAGGUCCAAAUACUCGCCUUGUCGAAAGUCCCGAUUUGGAAUGGUCAAAGUCCAUGCUGGUUUCUGGAGGUUAUAUCGUGGUAUCAGACGCACGACGCUUGAGAAUCUACAAAACUGCCUGCAAUUGUGUUCAGAAAAGGAGUUGCCUAUUGAAGAGAUUGUUGUAACUGGGCACAGUCUUGGGGGCGCACUCGCUCUAUUGUUUAUCAUGGAUCUCCUGAAUGAGGAUUUCUACUCCAAAUAUUUGGCAGGAAAAAAGCUCCUUCGCGAAGGCUGGAGAGUUUCCCUCGUAAUUUUCGGAGCACCGAGAGUGGGAAAUGCUGCGUUUGCAGAGCUGUAUCGUGAUUCAACGGCCAGAUUUAGAGAAAAACACGGAGAAGAUCAGCUGUGCGAGUACUCUGUGAAGGCGUAUAAUGAUGGUGUCACAGCACUUCCAUCAUUAGGACUUGGCUACCGACAUGCUUUGAUCUCAGUGCUGUACCUUUACCGAGGGUGCCUUUAUCAUACGCCUGCAUCAGAGUAUGAAUGCUCAAAGUUCAAUGUCGCCCACGACAAGGAUAGCCACACAGAUUUAUCGCCCCAGUUUCCUCUCGGAGGCCAUAACUACUAUAACGGGCGAGAUCUCGAGAAGACGGUGCGUCGCAUGGCAUGGAUCGCAAAAGCUAGGAAGAAGGACCUUGAUGAAUCCUGGAAGGAGCGGUAUAUGAAAGAAGUUGAGCAGGAGAAAAGGAAAUUGAAUAGACAUUAGAAAAAGAUGGGAUAUUGACAGAGAAGAAAAGGAUCAAGGAGAUGACGUCCGAAUCAAGUUAUA